AUGAGUAACAAGUGUCUAAAUGAGAAGAGAAGAAGAGAGCAGGAGAAUUUCUAUAUAGAGGAAUUGGCCGAAUAUAUUCUAGCCAGCAACCUGGACAUGAGCUCCUUUUCCAAACCUGACAAAUGUGCAAUACUCCAGGAAACUGUGAACACUAUUCAACAGAUUAGUAAGGAAGAAACCGGUUGUAGUGAAGCUGUUCAACAGAGUCAGGUAUCGUCCAGUAAACCGUCUAUUCUUGCCAGUAAUCUUCUUGGUCCUCUUCUUCUAGAGACACUUGAUAGUUUUUUAUUUGUGGUUAACAGUCAAGGAAGAGUUACUUUUGUAUCAGAAAAUGUUAAGGAUUACCUAAAAUAUAUUCAGGAUGAUCUUGUUGGAAAGAGUAUUUAUAAUAUUAUCCAUGUGGGAGACCACGCUGAAUUUAGUAAUUAUCUCAAGCCCAUGUCAUUGGGUAAUAUAAUAUUUCCCAAUGAUAAUUCUGAUUGUAAUAAAGCUAAGAAUUUUAGUUGUAGAAUGCUCAUUAAACCUGCAUGUGAAGUAGAUACAGAUAUAGAAGUUAAACAAUCCUUUGUAUGUAAAUAUGAGAGUAUGCAUAUUACUGCUGUUCUACAGCCUUAUUUAACAGAGAGUUUUUCAGAGUCUUAUACAGAAUCAGAAGGACAACAGAGGUGUUUGGUUUGUAUCGCUCGACGUCUUCACCUUACAGAAAAGGCCAAUAUGAUGAUCGGUACAGAACAUUUAAUAACUAAACAAGAUCUGAAUGGUAAAAUAUUAGAGUACGAUUCAAGUCAUUUAGCUUCUAAUCAUCGUAUUGGAGUAGAUUUUAUUGGGCAGCUCAUUCAGGAUUUCUGUCACGCUAAUGAUAUUCAACAGCUCAACAAACAUUUUCAAGAAGUGCGUAAAAACGUUAUUAACACCAGUGGUGUAUUCAGAUUAAAGUUAUUAGAAGGAAAGUACGUGUUUGUCAGGACUAAGAGUAAACUGGUCAGUAAUCGUGGUUCCAAUGAACCAGAAUAUAUCAUAUCAACUCAUCAAGUUGUAAGAGAUUGUGAUUCAGAGGUGGAGUUAAAAGGUUCGGCUUCAAGUAGUUUAAGGAAGUCCAUUAUUGGACCAGUGGGAAAUAACAAUCGGAAUAACAAUAUGGCUACUGGUGGUAUGACGUCUGCCUUACCGAUGGGUGUGUUAGGAGGCGGGCAGAACAAUUUUAUUGGCCCCCAAACCUCCAACCCGAAGUUAAAUUUAACGGAUAAUUUAAGUGGAUUUGACAAUUGGGAUAGUUUAUUCGGUUCGGAUAAUUCUUCGGAUUUAGUGAACAGCUUAACAAGUGCUGCGAGUUCUGGGAAUUCAAGUAAUACGUCCAACCCGUGGGCAAGUUUGCCCAAAAUGUCGCCUAACAGCUCAGCCAUGGGCGGUGUUAGUGGAUUACCUAAUCAAGGCAGUAAAAAACCAGCUGCUUUAAGUUUAUCACAUCGAACCAGUUCUUUAUCAUUUGACGGACAAGCUAGCCCAGGUUAUCCAGUGAGCCCAGGGCCCCGUAGUGCUGGAUUUCAAGUGCCCUCGGCUAAUCGUAUGCCUGGAUAUACCGGACAACGUAGUCCGGGUUCUGCUGGUCAAAUUAGAGGACAAUUUAUGAUACCUGCUCAACAUAAGAAGAACCCAUUAAUGUCUCCCCCCUCGGCGGCAUCAUCAACAUGGGGGCGGAGUUUAAGUCAAGAAUUACAGCCAGUAUCAAGUUCAGUCAGUUCACACAGCCCUCAUAGAUCACUCGAACAUUCUCUAUCUGCUGACUUGUCACCUCGGUACAUGCCCGAUAAACUGAACUUUGACACGAAUACGUCAAGCUGUGGUUCGUCUGCGAAUGCGUCAGAACGAGGAAUGGGUAAGUUGUGUCAGUUACUAACACAGGAUACCUCUUUUUCAAAAACAAGUGCUCUUUACAAAUCGCCUAAAAUGGCACGGACUGAUUCCUCCUCGUCUGGUCGCGGAAUUGUGGAUAGACUGGAUUAUUCCCCUUUUGAUAAUAUCAGCCAAUCACCGCAGCCUGGAACAGGAACCAGUUCUCCGGAGAAGCCUCAAAGUACGUCUGAGGAAUCGGAAGUAGGAUAUAACAAGGUUCGUGAGGAGAGAAAACAGAACCUAAUCCUGAAAAAACUUUUAAGUCAAGAAGAUGAAGGCGGAGCCACGUCAGUGAUGGAUCAAGAGGUCACAAGUUCACCUCAAACGUCCAAUGAGAAUGAUUCUAAUUUGGAUUUAGAUCGAAACGAGGCCGAAGCGAAGAAACCCAGCAAUGCUAUAUUAAAGCAAUUAUUAAAUGAAGAUGAUGAGAAUGAUAUUGGCGCCACGGGUUCGAUUCUGAAUAAUUUAAAUGAUGAAGAUAAAACCGGGGAACUCUUACAGAAGUUACUUCAAGAAGAAGAAAACAAUGCAUCCACUCCAGGGGAGACGACAAUCCGAGAAGCUGACAGUGGAUCUCGUUCUCGCCACCAGUCUGGACAUCAGGACCCUCAACCCUCCUCUUCCUCAGGGUCACAGGGUCACACCACCCCCCAACAUAAUUCCUUCUUAGAUGAGUCCAUCUUACGUCUUAUCAACAGCGGACCGAAAUCAUCGGCUGUGGCAGGAAACAUCAUGAAGAAUAAAAAUUUAGACCAGUUCUUUAACACGUUGUGGGAAAAAGAUUCAACAUCGCCAAGAGAACAAGGUGCACGUCUACGAGGGCCGCAGAAAAAACGUAAAGCUUCAGCUACGGAUGUUGACAGUACAGAUAUGUCAGACACGGAACCGAGUCAAAGCUGUUUAGCCAAAAAUAACGCUAUCUUGGCUCACAUGCUGUCCAAGAAAACUGCGAAGGAAAAUAUGGUCCUGAGCACUCAGCAGACGGUAAAGCCUACAAUGGUCCCACAAGAUCGUCUGCCCAAAAAUAUCAUAGAGAGAAUAAUACAAGUGAAAACAGAGAAAGAAAAAGAGGGAAACUCAGGCCCCAAUUCGAGGGAUAAUCCAUCAACAAAUCCUAAUAUCCCUUUUCCUGGUAACACGAAAACGGGCCAACCAUUCGCAGGUUUGAAUGAAAAUAGCGAAGAUUCGAUGAUGAGCUCUGAAAGUAACCAAUUAGACAUCAUUCAGCAAUUGUUGAACCAAUCAGAAUCCAUGGAAGUUGAUAAUGGAGACAGUAACGAUCCUUUGUUACAAGGUAUUCUUCAACAGGCUGCCGAACUGGAGCAGGACAUUAACAACAGCCAGCAUCAACAUCAACAACAACAUCAUCAGCAGCUGAACAACUUGCAACAGCAGCAACAACAACAACAGCAGCAACAACAACAACAACAACAACAACAACAACAACAACAACAACAACAACAACAACAACAACAACAACAGAUCUCUGCUGCUGCUUCUCAUCCACAACCCAACCAAUCAAAUCUGUCCUUUCAAUCCAAUCAGCAGACAUCGUCGUCAGGGUUACCACAAAACCAGACGUCAAACCCCGAACUUAACAAUAUGGAUGACUCAGCUUUUAUUAGUCAAUUAGAACAGUUGCUAGGUGACAACAUUGACAAUCUCCUUGGUAAUACUCAACAGAACCCUCCUGCUUACAACAGUCAAGAUGCUAGCGACCAAAUGGCCAUCAACGCUAUCCAGCGCCAACUAAUGGGCGAAGAUCUCAAUUCUGUCUCAAAUUCGAAUUUCCCCAACAAUCAACAACCAUCUCCUAGUCAGAUGUCUGAGUUGUUGAACCGACAAAUGGCAGCCGUGUCACAGCAACACAGUCGCCUAAAUCAGACCAUGAAUCAGCCUGGGAUGGGGCCGAUACCACAGGCCAUGGACGGGCAGUUUAACCAUAUGACAGGGCCCAAUAUACCUGGGCUACAAUCUGGGUUUAAUCAGGCACUGUCAGGAGGUAUGGGCAUUGGGCAACCUGGUCCUAGAUUUAACACCCCUCAAGGGAUGCCUGGCCCAGCUGCUAGACAACAGAUGUUCCGUGGAAUGAAUCACAGUCCAAUGGGAGCUCAAGUUCGUCAAAAUUUAAUCCAAAAACAGAAGCAGAAAGAUUUUGAGAAGUUACAGCGUCUGCAGGCUGCUGAACGACAGAGAUUAUUACAGCAACAGCAACCAAUGAGACAUUAUGGGGCCAGAUUUCCCUCGGGUUCAAUGGAUGGAAACCAGCCUCCAUUUCCAGAAAAUCUGAAUGAGUUGAUGAAUACUGGGCAUGCCCCUAACGUUACACUUCCUGUGGGGAGAGGUAAAAAUCUACCGAGUCCAGUGUCUCCACGAUAUAGUACCGGAGGAAUACAACAGCCACCAUUGAGUCCUAUGUUACCCCCUUCUACCCCUCCUUCUUCACAACUCUCCCCCCAUUUUAACUCUACCAACCAACAACAAUGGAACAUGAGAGGGGCCCAGCCUGGCAUGAGUAACCAGUAUAAUCUACAGAGACACCGAUCUCUGUCUGGUGGGAACGUGCCAAAUCGGUUCACCGUGCCUGACUCUCAGUUUUCUACGAACCAGUCCAAGAUGAUGAUGUCACCCUCAGCCCAGAACCAACAGAUGUACGCUCGACAGAUGUUACAGAGACAGAUGAGCUUACCACCAGGUCGAGGUUCACCAAGAUCUACACCUCAUAGUCCGUUUGGAAACAGUCCAGACCCCAUGUUGAUGUCCCCUAAUAAUAAUCGAGGCCCUGGGUCACAAGUUAGUCCAACAUUUAGUCAAGGUGGCAUGUCAACAGGCUUCACCUCUCCUCCUAUGUCAGCCCCACCGAGUUACUCAGCUGCUUCUUUAUCUACAUCCGCCACAUCAAAUAAUCCCAGCCAACAUUUUUCAGAUUUUGAUUUAACAUUUAUUGAUUCCGCCAUUUCUGGAAUGGAUGUUAAAAAGAAUUUAGGAGAUAUAUCAUCGAGUUCUACGUCCCAAUAUGUGAAACAAGAGUUACGUAAUAAAUGUAACGCUCGCUCAGAAAAACAGCACCAGUCUCAGCAGCAACAUCAACUACAUUUACCAGUUGACAACAGCAGCUACGAUACCGGAGGAGAGUUACCACUCGAUAUUCUUGAAACAAUAAAUGACAUGGCAAAGGAACACGGAGGUUCAAUGGGUGAUUUUGAUGAUAAAAACGAAGAUCCUGUGUCUCAAUCCAGUAUGGAAGCACGGAAACGUUACGAACAGUUUCGAGCCUUAUCAGACACACCCGAUUUAGAGGAGGCUGCAGCCAAGGUUUUUCGUAAUCAAUUACUCACGAAUCCAAAUAUCAAACAACCACCAGUAAAACAAAUUGGUGGGGGGAAGCUAGAGAUGUUACCCUCAGUUAAUGUCGUCCAAAAAGAGCCCAGGACCCCCAUAGAAGACAUCAAGCCUGCUGAUCAGAAAAACAGUCUUCUUCAACAACUUCUCUCGGAAUGACAAACAAUGAAUUGAUGGUUUGUGAAGGCACAAUGAUACACGUGCAUUACAUGUUGAAGGAUCAUGUCAUAGGAUAUGGACACGUGUGCACUUAGGCUCAUACAUCAGUCCAUCUAUCAGUAUUUGAUGUGACACAUUGGCGUGUGGAUUACUACAAUUGUGUUGUCAUCAUUGCGUGUGCAUGUAUGUAAUUGUGUCGCUUCCAGCAAUGCACGUGCAUUUUGCGUGAGCUAAGAAUAAGUGGCUCAGAGAAGUGUGUUAUGUGUCAUAAACUGUGUGUUCAG